UGUCUUUUUAGCGCUGCAGGUUGAAUCCAUUGCCCUUAUUUCCUGUCACAUGGCAUGGAAAUAGGAUCCUUGUUUUCUACUUACUACUCUCAUCUCCGCGGUGUCAGUGUUCUAGUGUAGGUCAAGUAAAUGCCGUGACGCCCAGACUCUUUAUUUUGAAACGACUCUUGCCCAGACUCCUGCCAACCAGCCAGCCAGCGAGCCAAGCAACCGGACGCCAGCGUGCGCAUCAGGCUGCACUUCACCUGAGAGGAUCAGCCACUUCAGACUUUUUACUCAAACCAUGGAUUCCUGGAGCGCCACCUCUGCGCUUCUCCUAGCUGGCUUUAUCACCUCGGCGGCUUUUCGUCAUUUCGACAGCGAGUGUUAUACUGCCAACGGAGAGGACUACAGGGGUUUCCAGAACCAAACCAGCCUGAAUGGAGGUAAACCCUGCCUGUUCUGGAAUGAGACUUUCCAGCACCCUUACAACACCCUCAAAUAUCCCAACGGAGAAGGAGGUCUGGGACGCCACAACUACUGCAGGAAUCCUGAUGGGGACGUCCAGCCGUGGUGCUACAUUGCUGAUCAUGAAGACGUGACGUACUGGAAAUACUGUGACAUUCCUACUUGCCAGAUGCCUGGGAAUUUGGGCUGCUUCAAAGACACCGGUCAUCCACCAACCCUUCCCGGCGCCCACGAGAUCUCCAACAAACUCACGAUUCAGACCUGCAUCAACUUCUGUCGGAGUCAGAAAUACACGCUUGCUGGUAUGGAAUCAGGAUAUGCCUGCUUCUGUGGCAACGAAGCAGAUCUGCAAGACCAUGUCGAGUCGUCCAACAUGGAGUGUAACCACGUUUGCUUCGGCGAUCACACUCAGCCCUGCGGAGGAGACGGCUGGAUCAUAGUCUUUGACAUCCGAAUUGGCGCCUGUGGUGGAAACUACACGUACCCAACUGGAGUGAUCUACUCCCCUGACUUUCCUGAUAAAUAUGCAGCCAGUCGGGUUUGCUACUGGACCAUUCAGGUCCCCGGUUCCUCCGCCAUCCUCUUCAACUUUACCUUCUUCGACAUCUCCGACCAGACCGACAUGGUGGAGCUUCUAGACGGCUACACCAGGGAGGUGGUUGCCCGCUUUGACUGGCGCAGUCCGCCACGGGAGCUGGUGAACAUCACGGGGGACUUUGUUAUACUGUACUUCUUCUCAGAUCGCACUAAUCAGGCCCAUGGCUUUGCUCUUUUGUACCAAGCGCUCAGAGGGCAGGACACCAGAACCACAGUUCUCAGAGGCUCCGAUGAGGAUGAAAGCGACGACGCCUCCAGCACAUUGGGACCACACCUGUCCAGCGGCAUCACAGAGAGAUCCAACAGCACCACCAACGAACGUACCUCACACAUCCUCUACGUGAUCACGUCCAGCCCCAGCAAACGAGAACACAACAUGCCAGGUCAGUGGGCUGGACGCAGCGAGACCACCGGCCACAGCGCUAUGUGGACCAUCUACGCUCUGGCUGCUCUCCUCAUACUGACGGUGGUGGCCAUGGUGGCCAAGCUGCUGCUUCAUGUCACAGUCAAAGCCCCGAACAUCCCAACAGUCAGUGGCUCAGACAGCUGCAGCCAGAGCACGGUGUCCUCUGAGCCAUGGAUCAUCCUCUACCGGCCCUCCACCAUCUCCCUCUUCAAGAAGAAGCUAAAGAACCAUCAUGGGGACCUUAGCCCUUUGGUGGGGCACUAGUGCUGCUCUUCGCCUUUAUUGCCAUCCACAAAUACUCUGUUUAAAGGCCGUCGGAUGACAGGGCCCUUAGACAUCAAAAUUCAAUGAGGCGCUUCACUAAUAAGCAAACGACUGAGUGACUAAUUACAACUGACUCAGUAACUGCAGCCAAAUGGCCAUUUGGCCAAAAGAAAGGCAAGGCACUCUCAUUCCUCUCAGCACCAAAGAAAGAGGGUCACACAGGGAUAUAAGGGACCACAGUGACAGAGAGGAGAGCUAAAGGACUGGAUGGAAGAUCUGCAGCUGUAACAAACACACAAGGAUACUUUUAACAUGCAGGAGGCCAUUUUCAUCCAUCGCAGCCGUCUUUAUCAUUCAGCAUACCUCUUAAAUCCCUCCAGACUGCAGCUUCAUCAGUAAAAAUUCACAGCCGUGUAAAGAGCGACGGCAGAAAACCCAUGCAGUCAAAGCUUAACAGUUUUUACAUAAACUCAUAACUGCCUCAUACAAAAGAACAUUUGCUGUUGAAAGUCACCAUCCUUUCCCUCCAAAGAGUUGUAUAUGUUUGUCCUUUUUGUUCUGUUUGCAAAUGCUAAUAUUUCUUUUUUUUCUCUUUGAUGUGUUUUACAAGAUAACUUGGAUUUUUUAAGAGAGGGAACCAAUAGUACUUUGAGGUAUCACAGCACUUUGUCUGCAAAUUUCAAACAACGGAGUGAAAGAGAGAAGGUGAGAGAAGAAGUAUCCUCGGACAUGUCAGGGGAAGGUUUGGGAUUGGUGUUUGCUAACAAACUGCCAUUUAGGGAGAUUUAGGAAGGGGGCUUUUGUUCCGCUUGCGGUGUGGGUGGGAGUCUGUCUGGUUUGAUGGUGUUCAAGUGCCUUAAGGAUCUCCUCUUCCCCUGCGUCAGUUUCUACACAUCUGCUUUUGUCUUUAUAUCGACCGGGAUCCCUCACAAAUGUCAGAACCGAUGCAGAUCCUUGGAGUGAGAUUCCCAAAACAGGAUUUCUAUCUCAAAAAAAUGCCAGAUCUAGCAUGUGGAGGAAGUAGAUCUGCGGCCAUCAGGAAAGCAACUCUUCAUAAAAGCCAGACAAGGUUUAAUUUGUGUGCUCUUACUUGUAGUCUUGGACAUUUACUGAACAUAUUGUUCACAUUAACUCUCAGUCUUUUGAUUGCAGGAGAUGGGGGGUGAAUAUUAUUGUAUAUUCUGUAAUCCAUUGUGGGAACAGAGAUGUUUAUGACUGCUCUUUGAUUUCAUUGUCUCAACAAACCAUUCGACAGACCCAUCUGCAUUUAUUUUAAGCCUUCUCAUUAAGCAACUCAAAAGUUGAAUGCUUAGGCAGCAUUAAAGUGUCUUGAAAAUCAACACUUCGGUUUUCGGACUUGUCACACAGAUUUCAGGCCCAAAAGGUUGAAUGCAAACGAUACACCCAGAAAGUGCUCAGCAGUGCUACCCGCAAGCCGACAUCGAGUUUGCAGUUGUGACAUUUUAACUACUUGCGAAAGGUCUUCUGCAUAGCAGUUGGCCUUUCUUGUGUGGGGUUGGACGCUUGAGGUGCUUUCUUCAAAUCUUCCCUCACUCAAUGCACUUAAUUUUGCUCGUACUUACAAAACAAAACAGUACUUAACCUGGUUGCAUUUAGCUUUGGGUGAAAAUGACCUAAAAUGACUUGAUCAGCAACCUUAGCACUUGAAGCAAAGAAGAUAAUCAUGCAGGAUCUGAAUCAAUUAAAAAUAAUAAUGCAUCUUUAUCUCCCAUUAGAAGCUAGUAAAAAAAGAGAGAUGUGACUCAGUGCUAUAUUCUGCUCAUCUGUUCAGCUGUAACUCAUGUUAAUUAUUGCAGGACGCAAGCAGAUACCCCUGGGUCUGCGAUGUUCAGAGCAGACCAUGCGUGGAGAGGAGUAGGAGCGAAAGAGGGACGGGGAAAUUAAUGCGCUUUCAAAUCAAACACAAGCUAACCAAAUGUGACAGUCAGUAUCUAACAAGGGUAUAUUUGUUUGACUAGCCUGGUGAAUUAUGCAAACGCCAGUCUUCUGUCCUGUCCUCCAGUCGGUCGGAAAAUUCCACGCUAUGUUUCUUCUGGAGAAGUCAAAAUGCCCCCCCCCACCCCACCCCUCAAAUUGUUGUGAAUGUCCUGAAGUGCUCGAUGACAUGAAAACAAUACCAGAGGCCCUGUGGGAAACGAUCACAAGGGGCCAAUACUUUGUUUUCAUCUAAUUGUAAAUAGCAAAAUACAGUAAAAUGUUAAUUUAUACAUUAAAUUAUUGUUAUUUUGUAUGUGAAUGGGAUAUAAUCUAUCUUUUGUAUAAGUGAAGUAUCUUUGUAGUUUUAUUUAAUGUGUCCUGGUUGCAAAUAAACACUGUAUGCAUGUUUCUCAA